CACCGAUCCGAACCGUAUCGUCUCGAUCCCGACUCUUCUCCCUCCCCGCCCCUUUCCCUUCCGUCCUCCUAAAACUAGGGUUUCUCUGGCCCCCUUUCCAAUCCCCUUCCCUCACCUCAACGCAAAGGGCCAGAGGAAACCCUACCUCUCCGCUACUCCACUCCUCUCAUCAAGAUUUGAGUGCUGAGGUGGUGAGUUCGUGAUGGGGGCCCUGUUGUCGAGGUUCUGGUUCAUGAUGUUCCCCGCGAAGGAGUACAAGAUCGUCGUGGUGGGGCUCGACAAUGCCGGGAAGACGACGACGCUAUACAAAUUGCACCUCGGAGAGGUCGUGAACACGAACCCUACCAUCGGGAGCAACGUCGAGGAGGUUGUGUAUAAGAACAUACGUUUUGAGGUGUGGGAUCUGGGGGGCCAAGAGAGACUCAGACCCUCGUGGGCCACAUACUACCGUGGGACCCAUGCCGUGAUCGUAGUGAUAGACAGCACAGAUCGGGCCAGGAUAUCCAUCAUGAAGGACGAGCUCUUCCGGCUUUUGCAGCACGGGGACCUGGAGGGUGCAGCAGUGCUGGUGUUCGCAAACAAGCAGGAUCUCAAGGAUGCCAUGUCGGCGGCUGAGAUCACCGAUGCCCUCUCCCUCCACAGCAUCAAGUCCCACGAUUGGCACAUCCAGGCGUGCUGUGCCCUCACGGGCGAUGGCUUGUACAACGGCCUCGGAUGGAUAGCGCAAAAAGUAGGUGGCAAUCCAAGUGCGGCGCCCACCUCGUGAUGUAUAACUCUCGUUAAUUGUAUUACACUGUAUCGCAAAUAUUUCUUUUCCCUGUGUACGCCAUGAUCUAUCAUACAAGAUCAAACAAACAAACACUGUAUUUGUAUUGAUGCAUUCUGAUUGGUUUGGUGAAAUUAGUUCGGCUUCGUUUGUUUA